GGUCUCCAUUUUUAGCUUACUAUACUACUUCUAUAAAUAACCAAAGCCUUUCUCUCUCUUGAUAGCUAAUAGCUAAAGUCCCUUUGAGAUCACUUUUAUCUCACUAUCUCCUCCUUAUGAAACAUCAACAAAAACAAAAACAAAAACAAAACCAAACAUACCUGUUAAAAUGGUCGAUGUAGACCGGAGAAUGACCGGUCUAAACCCAGCUCGGGCUCACUUAGCAGGUCUUAGAAGACUCUCAGCCCGAGCCGCUUCCAUUUCCACCGCCACUACCACAGCACGUAACGGUCUUCUCUCAUUUUCACCUAUAGCUGAUAAAAUCAUAACCAACCUCCGUAAUUCCGGUAUACAAGUCCAACCGGGUCUCUCUGAACCCGAAUUCGCUCGUUUAGAGGCCGAAUUCGGCUUCAUCUUCCCACCAGACCUCAAAGCUAUACUCACCGCCGGCUUACCCGUCGGAGCCGGAUUCCCCGACUGGCGCACUCGCCUUCAUCUCAGAGCUUCCCUGGAUCUUCCCAUGGCGGCAAUUUCGUUUCAAAUCGCGAGAAACACGCUCUGGGCCCGGUGUUGGGGAUUGAAACCCACAGAACCCGAAAAGGCUUUACGUAUCGCAAGAAACGCUCUGAAGAAAGCACCGUUAUUGAUCCCAAUCUUCAACCAUUGCUACAUUCCUUGUAACCCUUCUCUCGCCGGAAAUCCUGUUUUCUAUGUCGACGAGAAUCGAAUCUUUUGUUGUGGAUUCGAUUUAUCAGACUUUUUUCAACGUGAAUCACCGAAUCGGAGCUCUGAAUUUUCUCCGGGUCCUGUAGUUUACAAGAAACAAAGAUCGUUUACAGAGAAAAGUGUUACCACUUUUUGUUCAGAAGCGAAUUUCAAUCGGAGAAGCCUCGACGCCGGUGGAAGAACGCCGAGGUGGGUUGAGUUUUGGAGCGACGCCGCUGUUGAUCGCCGAAGAAGAAUCUCGUCAUCACGUGUAGAGUCACGUGCAGUCUCGCCAGAGCGGUUUUUUUAUAUUCGGAAAUUUGAAGAACCGAAAUGGGUUGAGAAUUACGUUGAAGAAAUUGGGUCGGUUUUAAGAGAAGGUGGAUGGAGCGAACCGGAUAUAACAGAAAUGGUGGAGGUUUCAGGUUCGGGUUUUUUCGAAGGUGAUAUGGUUAUGUUGAAUAAUCAAGCGGUGUUGGAUGCGAUUUUAUUGAAGGUGGAUCGGUUUUCGGAUUCGUUGAGAAAAUCUGGGUGGAGCUCCGAAGAGGUUUCGGAUGCUUUAGGAUUUGAUUUUCAACCUGAGAAGAAGGAAAAGAAACUUGUUAAGAAGCUUUCACCUGAACUGGUUUGUAGUAUUGAGAAACUGGUUCAAUCGGUUACCCGGUCAUGAAUGAUACUUUGGAUGCAAAAUUUAUUUUGAUUAGAAAAGUAUGUUUAGGAAAUUGAGGUUUGUAUUUCCAUGGCCUCUUGGGUUAAGCAAUUAGAAGUUUGGAAAUUGUAAUGUAACAUGAAAUUAAGGGAACAAAGUUAGAUAAUUGGUUUCUAAAGUGCGUAAUGUUCAAGAUCAUUUUUCUGUCUUGCAUAAUUGUAAUUUCAUGAUAAACAAUCAAAUGUUAAUUUGAACUUCUCUUUA